GAUGAAAGGAUGAAGAAGUAGUUUGGUGGAAUUAGCGCCGGUAAUGUCGUGGAAUUAGCGCCGGUAAUGUCGUGGAAAAAGGGGCGGUUGGUGUUGGGGGCAGCGAUGAAGAAAUUAUUAGAUAAUUUUGGUUCAUUAACACUUGGUAGACCACUUAAAUACAGGCUCUCAGAUUGAGAAAAUGAUCCCACAAGAGUGUAUUAAUGAAUAUGAAAUUUUAUGAUCGAAGGGUUUACAUUAAAUUAGUCCACCAAGUGUCAAAUAGACCGAGAUCAUUUAAUAAUUUCUCGCAGUGAGGAGGAAGAGGGAACAUAAAGAAGGAAAGAAAUGGGUAUAGAUCUUCACAUAGAGGUUAGAAAGGUCAUUUCAAUAUUCAAAUUGGUUAAUAUAAAAGUCGAAAGGCAAAAAUAUUAAUUCAUUAAUUGGAUUAAACUUGAGGGAUGUCUUUAUCCCAAAAUAUCUGUGUAUCAUUUUGACAAAUUUCAAAGAUGUUGCUGUAAUUUACCUUUUAAAUAAAGAGAGUUGGUUAUCCGUGUGAUUAAAUAUUGUUGAUGAUAGUAUUAUAUAUAUAUAUAAAGACAGUUGUUUAUAUAUAACUCGAACAUCAUUUAAUUUAAUAUUUAAUAUAAUAAGGUAACACAAUCCCACUAUCGCCCAUCUAUAUGGAUUGAAUUAAAAUAUAAUUUAUCUGUAGCGUCGGUCACAUAUUGUACCUCAUAAUUCAUCAUUCAUUGCACAUCUAUUAUUUAUACUUGUAUUCUAAGCGCAAGGUGGCACAGAAUAUUGGAUGUUAGAAAUGCUUCCCCACCCACUCCAAAGAAGAAAAAAAGAAAAGUUCAUUUCCACUUUCCUCAAUUCCUUAGAUCCCUCCUCCUCCUCCUCCUCUUCUCUCUCUCUCUCUCUCUCUCUCUCUGUAAAAAUCACCAAAAGAAUACUAACAAGAUAUGGCAAAUGAAGGUACUAACUCACACCCCAUCAAAACUGUGGUGGUUGUAGUCCAAGAAAACCGCUCAUUCGAUCACAUGCUGGGUUGGAUGAAGUCCAUCAACCCUGAAAUCAAUGGUGUAACCGGGAACGAAUCCAACCCUAUUUCCACCUCUCAAUCUAACUCAAGCCCCCUCUUAUACGGUGACCAGUCCGGGUACGUUGAACCCGACCCAGGUCACUCUUUCGAAGCAAUAUACGAGCAAGUCUUCGGAGUGCCAUUGGCCGAGUCAUCAUCAACUCCGAAUAAUCAACUUUCUCCAACAAUGGAAGGGUUUGCACGGCAAGCAGAGAGUAUAGAGAAAGGUCUGUCGGAGAUAGUGAUGAAUGGGUUCAAACCGGAGGCUGUGCCGGUUUUCAAAGAGUUGGUGUCGGAGUUUGCGGUGUGUGACCGGUGGUUCGCGUCCAUACCCACGUUGACGCAACCAAACCGGUUAUAUAUACACUCUGCUACCUCGUAUGGCGCCAUUAAAAACGAUACUAAAAUGCUGAUCGAAGGGUAUCCGCAAAAGACUAUUUUUGAUUCGUUGGACGAAGAUGGUUUCUCUUUUGGGGUUUACUAUCAGUACCCUCCUACCACACUUUUCUUCAGAAACCUAAGAAAAUUGAAAUACGUAGACAACUUCCAUCAGUUUGAUCUACACUUUAAGAGGCAUUGCGAAGAAGGAAAGCUACCAAACUAUGUAGUAAUUGAACAGAGAUAUUUCGAGACAAAAUUGUUGCCAGGAAAUGAUGAUCAUCCCUCCCAUGACGUCUCCGAAGGCCAGAAAUUUGUGAAGGAAGUUUAUGAAGCACUGAGAUCAAGUCCUCAAUGGAAUGAAAUGUUGUUCAUAAUCAUAUACGAUGAGCAUGGUGGUUUUUACGAUCAUGUUCCAACGCCAGUCACCGGAGUCCCUAGUCCAGAUGGCAUCGUGGGUCCUGAGCCAUACAACUUUCAGUUUGAUCGCCUCGGUGUUAGGGUCCCAGCCAUAUUGAUUUCUCCAUGGAUUGAACGCGGAACUGUGUUACAUGGACCUUCAGGACCAUAUCCUACAUCUCAAUAUGAGCAUUCCUCAAUUCCAGCAACUGUUAAGAAAAUUUUCAAUCUAAAAGAGUUUUUGACAAAGCGAGACGCUUGGGCUGGCACUUUUGAUGUUGUUGUGAAUAGAAAUAGCCCAAGAACAGACUGUCCAGUUACAUUGCCAGAGCCUGUGAAAAUGCGCGAGACAGAAGCAAAAGAAGAGUCGAAACUAAGUGAGUUUCAAGAAGAACUGGUACAAAUGGCUGCAGUAUUGAAUGGGGACCAUACAAAAGACAUUUAUCCAGAGAAACUAGUGGAGAACAUGACUGUUUUAGAUGCUGUUAGUUAUGUUGAUGAUGCAUUCAGCAAGUUCUUAAGUGAUUGUGACGAUGCCAAAAAGAAUGGAGCAGAUGGUUCUCAUAUUGUUUGUCAGCUCGAAAAUUUGUCCAAACGGGUUGUGUCCAAAUCUUUUGCUCACAAAUUAUUUUCCUGUUUGGUUUGUGAUCAUUGACACACGUUUUGUAUUGGACUUUCAAAUGCUUUUGCUUUACAUUUUAGUUGAUGUUGUGGAUUGUUUAUCGAACUUGACUGUAUUUUUGUUAUAUAUAUCGUCAAACUAUAAAUAUUC